UUGACAUUUUGUUGCAAUGGGAAACGACACGUAUUAUCAGUCACUGUUAUUAAAGAGAUAUUCCGAUAUUUAUCUCAGCAGUUCUAUCCUGAUUUUAAUUGGUGCUGUGAUCGGGAUCAUUGGAAACUCUACUAUUGCUAUUUUCUACCUGUUCCGUAUCAAGGAGAGAAGGGAGCGCUACUUCAUCCCGUUACUGGCUGUUGUUGAUCUUGCGGCAUGUUUCACUAGCCCUCCUUUCUACAUCAUGGAUAAUACGUUUUUCUACAAUUACCCAAACGAUGCCGCUUGUCGACUAUUAUCCUUUUUACAGACAUGUCUACCAGGAGCCUCUGCCCACGUCUUACUCAUUAUAUCCAUUCAAAGGUACCUCCUAGUGUGCAAACCAUUUGGUCCAAAAAUGACGUUAUUUUGGAAGAGAAUUUUGUUUGCACUAGCGUGUGGGUUUGCAGUAUUGUAUUCUGCUCCUCUUUUGGCAACAUCCGGAGUUCUACAGACGGUGGAUACGUUUAUGAACCACAACGUAACAACAGAAAUCUGCAAAUUUUCAGUUGAUUCGUCACCCAGAAUUACUGCGUAUUUUGGAUUAUUGGCUCUCAUAAUGGUCGCUAACCUUGUUGUUACGGCCGGACUGUAUGCCCCUGUCUUAAAACAGGUAAAACUUUCUUUUCGAUCUAAAUUGAAAGUAAUCGAGAAAAGUAAAGAAACCAAUCCUAUAUCUGAAACAGAGUCGUCCAAUGCAACCCAGUCGACUGAAACAGAAAUGGGCAGUGUAGAACACAUAAAAGAAAGAAAAGAAAGUAGGCCGAUAAAACUGAGUGAGAUAAAAUAUAACAGUCAUAAAAAAGUACAUCAUGUGACUAUUCAAGAGCCAUCAGACACUACUUCAAAAAUCGAUCAUCAUCAUCAAAAGGGUCCGGAUAAUCAGGAUAAAAACACAGAAAAUAAACACUCCAAAUCCAAAGGGGAAUCCGUGCAGAGACGAAUCACAAUAAUGUUCCUUGUGAUAAUCAUUGCUUACGUGUUGUCCUACAUCCCACCACUUGUCAUCUUGAUCCUGGUGUAUGCUAUUGAAGAUUUCAAUUUCAUUACACUGUCGGAAGGUCAAACAGUCGCUUGGAUCUAUUUAGCUCGAUUUAUAUUUCUGAAUCACAUUGUCAAUCCUUUCAUUUAUGGUUAUUUUGAUACGAAAUUUAGAGACCAGCUACAGAGGGACUUUAGGAAAUGGAAAACGUGUUUGAUUUGUCAUUUUAAAGGCUAAUGGUGAGUCAAAAUACUUGAAAACAGUUUUAAAAACGUUUAUAAAAUUAAUUGAUUGCAAUAAUGCGUGGGAUCGAUUGAGGUUUAAUUUAUGGUUAUAAUGUUAGACAAUAUCUGGAUAGAAUCCGUGCGUAUUUAGAUACUUUAUCCUCCAUUUAUUAGUACUUGAAAUGUUCCAUGCUAGAAUUAAUUUUCCAUAUAUAUCAGAGCUAUGGACACCUGUAUUAUAUUCAUUGUAACCUCAUUUAGUUCAGCAUUGAAAAUGUAUUUAACCCAACAUUGGAACUUUUGCAAUGAACAGAAAAAAUGUUGUGUAUAUUUGAUGGCAUGUAUAAGUUAAUGUAUUUACCAUGGAAUAAAAUAAAGGCAUUAGCUAUAGAUAAUCCAAUUACUUCCCUGAUUUUUUUUCUCCACAUACCAUCAUAUAUUCUUUUUGCGUAUUCACAACAGAUGGUCGUACAUGUAUCAACACAAUUGUAUCAAAUACAUUGGAUAUGAAAUGAGUCGGUUCGACAUUUUAGGCAAUAACAAUCUAUUGUAUAAUCAGGAAAAUCACCAAUGCAUGAACGUUCUUAUACUAUGUUUCACGUCUUUUAACCAUUGUAUUACACAGUACACAGGAAAGAAAUAAUUACAUAAGUUUAGAGUUCACAUUUUCAAUAUGGUGUAACUGCAUUUUGAAACUUUUCCUUGAUGGGUUUAGUUGAUAGGGUAAAAGAGGAAGUUUAAGAUGUGUAAGAGAAAAAAAAUAUUAAAAAAAUAAAAUAAAAUAAAACAAACAAAAAACAAAAAAGCGUGGAUCUAAACAAUCGUCCGAAUCUCACUAGGAAAAGGAACCUUAAAUUGGAGUAUUUACAUGCUGAGGGUACAACAAGUAACUUUAACAAAAUAAAACAAAUAACCAACAUUAUUCCAAAUUCGUCACAUAUGUCACUCGAAUAAAUGUUUCCAAGUUUCAAGAAUUGUAUAUUAGUUCUCCCAGAAAUCAGAUAAUUUGUUGAAUUGACGA